GCGCUGCUGCUCAUUCACGCCUCCACGCUGCUGCAAGACGCUGCUCGGUCGCUUCAGGACCUCCAUGGCAGACCCCCCCAGGUAUGGACUGUCCUGACGUGCAGCUCGGCGUUAUGGCUCUGAAUCCAGGAGUUCAGCUGAUUAAACCUCUAAACUGAAGGAUCUCAGACCGUGCAGCUGUUUCUUAUUGAUUCCGGACUUUUAGUGACUUCAGUAGCUUUGGUGAGUUUUUAGAGACGACAAAAUGCCGUUCAUGCCGGUGAAGUUCACCCUGCAGAAGCGAGUGAAGCUGGCUCAGGGCCUAUGGAUGCUCUACUGGCUCUCCGUCAUCGUGGGAAUCCUCAUCUUCAGCCUCGGCAUCUUCUUCAAGAUCGAACUGCGCAAGAGGAGCGAGAUGAUGGACAACAACGAGAACCACCUGGUGCCCAACCUGCUGAUGCUGGUGGGCGCACUGGCCUGCGGGAUCAACGCCUUCGGGGGGAAGGUCUGCCACGACUCCCUGGACCCCAACAAGUUCUCCAAGUGGAAGCCGAUGCUGAAGAUGUUCCUGCUGCUGUGCUGCGGCUUCAACGUGCUACUGCUGCUGGUGGCACUGCUCUGCUUCCUCAUGCAGUUCGCCGUGUACCUGACGCUGGCCGAGGGCCUGAAGAACGGCAUCAAGUUCUACAAGGACACGGACACGCCGGGACGCUGCUUCAUGAAGAGGACGCUGGACAUGACGCAGAUCGAGUUCCGCUGCUGCGGCAACAACAACUUCAGGGAUUGGUUCGAGGUGCAGUGGAUCAGCAACCGCUACCUGGACAUGAGCAAUGACGUGGUCAAAGACCGUGUCCUCAGUAACGUUGAGGGGAAGUACCUGAUGGACAGCGUCCCUUUCAGCUGCUGUAACCCCGGCUCGCCCCGCCCCUGCAUCCAGCACCACCUGACCAAUAACUCCGCCCACUACGACUACGACCACCGCACAGAGGAGCUCAACAUCUGGGUCCGCGGCUGCCGGGAGGCGCUGUUCUCCUACUACAGCAGCAUGAUGAACAGCAUCGGGGCGCUCGUCAUCCUCACCAUUGUCCUGGAGUCGGUGGACAUGGCGGGGCUGAAGUACCUGUGCACGGCUCUGGAGACCAUGGCGGAUCCGGAGAACCCGGAGUGUGAGAGUGAAGGCUGGCUGCUGGAGAAAGGCGUCAAGGAGACGUUCGCCGACGUGCUGAGCAAGGUGAAGACGAUGGGGAAGACCAACCAGGUGGAGGAGGGCGGGGACGCACCUGAGGCGUGAUAGCCCCACCCACCACGGAGGACUGAGGCUCCCCACUCCCCUCACCACCAACCGCCACCUCCCCCCAACGAAGGGAAUCAGGAGUUCACCUGUUGUAUUCACACACACACACACACACACACACACACACACACACACACACACACACACACACACACACACACACACACACACACACACACACACGUUCAAAGUGAACAAGUCAUUUAAAGAUGUGGAUAUUUUCUGUAAAUAUGUUGAACAAAGUUUAUUUUUAAUUUACUGUAACUAAAGCUCCUGGUCAGGAUUCACAUUAAGUCACCGCCCUUUAGUACCAGCUGUCGGCCUGAUGCCGGACUCACCUGUCGGCCUGAUGCCGGACUCACCUGUCGGCCUGAUGCCUGACUCACCUGAUUUGCUGCUGAACUGCUCUCAUCUGAGAAGUGAAGUGUUUAAGUUUCUGUUUCUCCAGCUCAGAGCGCUAAGCAUUAAUAAAGCUCUUUUUACAUUUGGAGGAUUUUUGCCAAACAUGUAAUUUACCUGAAACACAAGCGUCUCAGUAACGGUUGGGCUCUUUACCUUCGCUGUCCGACCUGGUUGGCAUGGAAACAGACGGCGGAACAUCAAAUAGAAAAAACUAAAAUACUUAGUAGUGCCACUUCUGACCAGCAGGAGGUGAAUACAGACCUCUAUUCACAGGAGUGUACACCUGUACAGAGAGCACUGUGUUCACAUGUCUGUACAUACACCUAUACACACAGGUGUGCACAUUAAUACAAAGAGCUGUAUAACAAAAGUAUAUGAGGUGUACAUACACAGGUAUAAACAGGUAUUAUAGAUGUACAUACAAGUAUUUAAUUGAUGAUUCAUGAAUUUUUCUUUGUCAGCGUCUUUUUAACAUUUUCUUUAUGGAGCAAACAGCUUCUCUGGCAUGUUGUGUAUUUUGUUGUUGAGCUGAGCAGCUAGCUAACAUAGCUAAUGAUGAUGCUGGACUGAGCCUGGCAGACGGAGUUCAGGGUGAACAUGUGGCCCUCUGGUUUCCUGUCAGGAGGAUUCUGGUUCCAAACACGAGUGUUUUUUACCGUCAACCUGCAGCCAAACCAACCAACCAGCACACAGUGAAGUAGUGCUGGUGUUUAUUGGGAGUACUGGGCAGGAAGCAGCUCCAGUGUGCAGCUCUGAGGUCAGUUAAUUCAGUCAGUAGUCGUCCAGGGUUUCACUGACAGCUAAUAUUUGUAUGUUCCUGAGUUGUGAUGUUUUCAGUCUGAUGUUGUGGGUCGGAUGGAGUUUGUAGUCGCUGUGUUUGAUAAGAUUAAAAAAAGAUUGUGACUGAA